CUUAACUUUUCUUGUUUUGCUUAUCCAGGUAACAUAGAUCUACGGUCCUUGGCCUUUGUGGGGCUUGCUUCGGUGAUGUUUCCUUCUUUCCUUGCAUCGACGAACAAUAAUAAUGCUGUCUAGGUCUUUGAAAGUUAUAAUUCUUCAAAGAAGCUUUGUCUUUCUUCACUGUCCCGAGUCUCAGAUAAUAACCUUUGUGUCAUUCUUGCAUAAAUACCCCUGCUGUCAAGGUGAUCGUUAUCAUCUCGGCAGCACCAUUCGCAUUUCAAAACAUUUCUCACCAGUACCAUACAACACUAUUUGUUAGCUUUUACUGCUGUGCAGUAUACACUUCCAUCUCCUAUUCUCUUGCAGUCUAUUUUGGCACGUGCCACUCUAUUCCACGUCCUCCUCUAUCAACCGCUGAUCAUGGCCGAACCAUGGCCAGUGGGCGAACCGCAGCCAGUGAUAAUCCCAAUGCUGGAGGAGUACUCCGAUGGCACCACCAGUUGCCUAGCACAGUGUCUGUUGGAGGAAAUAUAUCGAGAUUACCAUUCUAAGCGUUUUACAUUCAUUGUUGCUCCAGAACGAAGGUUAGUUCCCAUCUUCCGCUGGCAUAAGGACAUGCGUUCGCGCAUUAACAUCCUCUUCUCUGCACUCUCCGGUCCUCAAAGAUACAAAAUAGUAUUUGUGGCCAUUCUUUCGAUAUCGCCGGCCUUCAUCGAAGCUCUCAGGUACGCUGUUGACGAUCUCUGGACAUUACUCGUUGGGCACUUGACAGCAAACAAAUCAAGCAUCGAGUUUUUCGCGCGGUCGCGGGGUCUGCCCUGGCUUCGAGCCGUCAGAGAGUUGAUCCCUGGAUUAUGCCGCCGAGACCCAGAGCCUCUUUUGAGCUCCUUCACUGAUCAUAUUGUGGGACUUUACCCAACUCCCAACUCCAUCAGCGAUGAAGUCUUGCACCAAAAUCUUAACGCCCAUGGCCCAGACACGUACUAUUUAUCGAUGACAGGCGCGAUAGUUCCCAUCCUAGCCCCGAGCUACAACGAUGCCCAGCCCUCAGACCUCCAAGUUAUAGACAUCGAAGAGUGCACCUAUGACCCCGCUCUCUUCUACCAAUACGACCGUACGCCCGACUGGCCAUGGCAAACCUGGCCACGCCAACCCCAAAUCUGCGAUGCCCCGGACAUAGACGGCGUAUACCACGAGCCUCCCCGCUGCGUGAAAUGCGACCACCGCUUCUCCGGGGAAGAAGAUUGGCAUAACCCAUUUACUGGCUGCCAAUGCCACGACAUGAUGCACGCGUGGCAAGGUGUGUUGAUCCAGAUAGUUGAGUAUCCCCCGUUCCCCGAUCAGCCGAACGUCGUGAACCGCGGGGUGCGGGCCCUGCAAGCAUUAGCUCCUAAGGCCCUGAUAGGUGAGUACACGGGGGUCCUGGUGCCUAAUGCUGAUUACGAUCCGCAUUCUGAGAUUUGCGACAACACCUACCUGUUUGGGUUAUAUGACCAAACAUACCGGCGUUAUGUCGCCGCCAUCUCGGCGCGGCUGUGUGGGAACUGGACGAGGUUUAUCAAUCAUACUGAUGAUGAAGACAAGCAGAACGUUAAAUUUAUUAAUGUACGGAUACUGAACAGAUUGAGGGUGAUGGUUAUGACGACUAAGCAGAUCAACCUUGGGGAGGAGAUACUGGGACAUUAUGGUGAGGGUUACUUCAAGAGCAGGCAAUUCUGAAGCAAAUAGACAUAGACAUAGAUAUAGAUAUAGAAGAAUACCAUUCAUUCCUUUGAUUCAUGGCCCAGAAAAGCAAGAUAGGUGCUGACAUCGAUCCCCAGCUCCAAACGAUCCCAUUGCAGA